CCACAUCUCAUUAUCAAAACCUCAUCCGCUUUCUUUUCACUUCUCAAAUUUCCUUCCCCAAUCUAUAAUGGCACUCUCUUCAGCUUCUCCCCUCUCCAUCAAAACCCUACAAAUCCCUUAUUCCUCUUCUUCCUCUUCAUUUUCUAGGGUUCAAAUUCCAUACGCAAAAUCCCACUCCUGGAGACCCAGUAUUGUCUGCAAUUUCGGUAAAGAAAAUGAAAGUACUAAAGAAUGUAAGAAUUGGAAUGUUCUUAUUUCAACGACAUUAGCUACUGCUGUUAUUAGUUUGAGUUGUAUAGGAGGAGGAACAAUGCCUGCUCUUGCUGAUCUUAAUAAAUUCGAAGCUGAUACUCGAGGGGAAUUCGGAAUUGGUUCCGCUGCUCAAUUCGGUUCAGCCGAUCUUAGAAAGACGGUGCACGUGAAUGAAAAUUUCAGACGGGCCAACUUUACAUCUGCAGAUAUGAGAGAAUCUAAUUUCAGCGGCUCUACAUUCAAUGGCGCAUAUCUUGAGAAGGCUGUCACUUAUAAGGCGAACUUUUCAGGUGCGGAUUUGAGCGACACACUGAUGGAUCGCAUGGUUCUUAAUGAAGCUAAUCUUACGAAUGCCGUGCUUUGUAGAUCAGUCCUCACUCGCAGUGAUCUUGCUGGUGCUGUCAUUGAAGGUGCAGACUUCAGCGAUGCUGUUUUGGACCUUCCCCAGAAGCAGAUGUCAUUGCCUUCAUUAUGUGUCCAGGCAUUAUGUAAAUAUGCAAGUGGGACAAAUCCAGUAACAGGAGUGAGCACAAGAGCAAGUCUAGGUUGUGGAAACAUCCGAAGAAACGCCUACGGGAGCCCAUCUUCGCCUCUGUUAAGUGCUCCACCACAACAACUGCUUGACCGUGAUGGAUUUUGUGAUCCUGCUUCUGGUCUCUGCGAUAUGAAAUAGUUACAGAUAUAUCUUUCACCCAAGGUCCUCCUCCUACAUCUUAUAUUAAAUUACCUGCAAAUUUGUACAAAUUAGCUUCAAAGGCAUUUGAAACAGGAAGAUUAAUAGGCAUUCUGAAUUUUCUACAAAUUUGUUUACCGACUAAAAUGUCCUUAAAAUCACGUUUCUACAAUGAAAACAAGUUGGUAGAAAUAAAACAAAGAUGUCAGUUUCAUUGCUUUACAUAGUGGGAAAUUGGGAAUGUAUUAUAUAAAGGCAGAGCAGAAAUAUAGUUUACAAUACAAAACAAGCCUUUAAAGUGGAACUUUAUCAACAAGUUCUUUUUGUUUCUCC